GGACCAUUGUAAAUUAAGACUUAUUCACUAAACGGUUUAAGAAAAAAAAAAAUCACAUAUACGAAGUAGACAGCUCUUAAAAUACUUAAAUAAUAUGGUAGGGAUAUGGAAUGCACCACAUUGUACGUCUGUUCUAUAUAAUCAAUGUGUCUAAACUAAUGUAAAAUACUGUGCAUCGACCAUAACUAGCAUAAACUGCCCUUACAAACUAUAACAAAUAUUUCUAUGUACAUAGGAUAUUUACAUUAUUAGAAUACUCGUUUUUUAACAUUUCGAAAUUUGCUUGAUAUUCGUUUUCGCGAACCUGUGAUCGUUGAUAUGAUAUUGUCUUGUCAUUUCAGGAAACCAAAGUUCCGUCUUUGGGAGCGUUCGUCAUCGGCACCGUGCUCGGAUGGUCGUCACCGACCCAGAAGAUGCUGGAGGAUGGCACCGCGGUGGACUUCGAAGUGUCGCCGAUGGCCGCUGCGACCGCGUGCUCAAUGUUCGGCGUGGGCGCGGUUAUUGGCGCGGUGCCGGCGGGCGCGGUGUCCGCGGUGUUCGGGCGCCGCGUGUCGCUGAUCAUCGGCGAGUCGAACGUCGUCUUGGGCUGGCUGAUGAUCACUUUCCCGACAGCCACGCGCAUGCUGUACGUGGGACGGACACUGCAGGGCGUCGGAUGCGGUGCAAUGUGCACCAUAAUACCAAUGUACGUCGGAGAGAUAGCGGAACCCGAGAUACGAGGUUUCCUUGGAGGUUUACACCAAUUAUUUAUAGUGUCCGGCAUUUUGUUCUCGUAUAUCUUCGGCAAUUUUUUGACUUACACUCAACUCAAUAUGGCUUGUGGCGUUUGGAUGGUAGUGCACUUAUUGGCGAUGUUGUACGUUCCGGAGUCGCCGUAUUUUCUCAUCCGGGAUGACAAAAGAGUGCGCGCUGAAGAAGCGUUAGCACGACUACGGGAUCCUAAUCACGACUGUAAGUCUGAACUCGAAGAGAUUCAGAAGUUCGUGGAGGAAGAGCAGAAAAAUAGUUAUACAGCGCGUGAGGUGUUGGAAAAGAACGUGAACCGUAGGGCGUUAACGAUCGGUAUUGGUUGCAUGUUUUUCCAACAGAUGACUGGCAUCAACGUGAUCAUAUUCUACCUAAAACAUAUAUUUGAAAAUUCAGGCAGUGAAAUUAGUCCAGAGCUCUCGACAACCGUUGUUGGCACAAUACAACUCGUUAUGACGUUUGUAUCCAUGAUGAUCACAGAUAAGUUUGGCAGACGUUCGCUAAUGGUUUACUCAAUGACUUCAAUGGGCAUCUGUUUUUUAGCACUGUCAUAUUAUUUCUUUGCGAAAAAAUACAAUCCUCGCGUGGCUGAUUCACUGGACUGGUUACCACUCAUAACCAUUGUUUUGUAUAUAUCUAUGUACUCAAUUGGUUGUGGUCCCAUACCGUACAUAAUUAUAGGAGAAAUAUUCUCAUCGGAACUCAAAUCUAUGGGUACAGGUAUGUCCAUAGCCACUAAUUGGACAGUUGUUUGGUUGGUGACGUGUUUAGCUAACCCUAUGGAUACGUUUAUUGGGCCAAGUGGAACGUUUUUUGUUUACUCGGGAUUUUGUUUUUUGGGCAUGUUGUUCGUUGUCAAUCGUGUCCCGGAGACUAAAAAUCGAUCUCUAGCUGAAAUUCAAUUUGAACUCGAAAAGAACUAGUCAUUCAAAAGAGUACGAUAUUAUUGUUAUAAAAUUGUAAGACAUGUGUAAUUAUAGUUAAAAUUAAAUUAAUAUAUCUUAUACUUGA